AGCAGAGCAUUCAGUGGAGAGUGGGAACGAGAAGACGAAACGAGAAGAGAGGACGAGCCUACGAGGUUAGGGUCGACUCCCCGCCACGAACCCGCCUCGCCUGAAGCCCAAGCCAAAGCCAGUGAACGAGGGAAUGUGAACGGAGGCAGGGAGGGCAGGGCAGGGGAGGGGAGGCAAGGACGGAAGGAAGGGAGAGGAAGAAGGGAGAAAACGAGGAGGAUCGAUCGAAUCGGGGAGGCUUUGGCUCUUGCGUCUGACUGUUCUGAACGUUCGCUAUCUUGGAGGAAGGGAGGAGUCGGGACGAGAUUAGUAUGCGUUGAAGGUGUUGGAAACUGGGAAGAAGGAGAGAGGAUUUUUUGUAGUCAGGAAGAGAAGAAGUAAGGAAGGUGGGUAGAAAGGUUGAGAAUGGCGAGCAAGCGGAUACAAAAGGAGCUGCAAGAUCUGCAGCGAGAUCCGCCGACAUCAUGCAGCGCAGGGCCUGUAGGAGAAGAUCUGUUUCACUGGCAAGCUACCAUUAUGGGUCCUUCUGAUAGCCCUUAUGCGGGCGGUGUCUUCUUUGUUAUGAUCCAUUUCCCCCCUGAUUAUCCAUUCAAGCCUCCAAAGGUCAACUUCCAGACGAAGGUAUACCACCCCAAUAUCAACUCCACGGGAAGUAUCUGUCUGGACAUUUUGAAGGAACAGUGGAGCCCUGCUUUGACAAUAUCGAAGGUUUUAUUGUCAAUUUGCUCCUUGUUGACUGAUCCCAAUCCAGAUGAUCCUCUUGUGCCUGAGAUUGCACACAUUUAUAAGAACCAGAGGGCUCGUUACGAGGAGACAGCAAGAGCGUGGACACAAAAGUAUGCCAUGAAUUGAAGUAUAUUAGAUACUUCACUGUGGAAAAUCUUGACGAGUUGAGUAUCCCCGAGUAUUCUAUGGCGGUCAUGGACAUGCGGUAUCGUCUCUCCAAUCAGACUUUACACACUUGGACUACACAACCAUGACUUAUGACAACUAUAUUUCUUUGCGAGUGGACGAUGGAAGCUCUAAACCAGAUUUUUUUUGGGCUGCGAAGGCUACCAGAUAUGUUUUCCUGCAUUUCUGGACUUCGUCAUGCUUCAGAAGUUUGGCAACCAUGACCAGAUCAAUACCUUGCUUCCUUUGACCUUCAGGUAUGUUCCAUUUUCGAUAAGAUGAUUGUUCGUAGUUAAAACUCAACACACGGCUUUUUAGAUGACAUUUGAAAGGACAAGUCACUAAUGUAGUUACAUGCCGGCUUUCAGAGUAGGUGGGAUCACAUUCUGGUCAGUGGGUAGUUUUAACUCAUGAACUUUCCCGAAUCUGAGAGAGGAAGACCUUACAGAUGGUUGUCAUCGAGCACGCUGUGCUUUUCAAAUUGAUGUCAAUAUGUGCCAGCGGUAGUAUUUUGUAAUGAAAAAAAACGGGAGCAACUCUCAGUCAUGUACUUGAGGGUCUGUUCAAACCCGUGUUGCCCGCCGUUUCCAUUCAUCACGGUUCAUCUCAAACAGAUAAAAUUCUAUCUUUUGAAUGAUCGAGUAUAUUCCACACCUGUAUAUUGCCCU